AUGACAAGUGCUGUUGUAGACAAGGAGCGGCUUCAGUGCGAGUUCUAUCUCGUGAAGAAAAAGAGACAAUGCGGAAUGACCAGACGAGCAGGCUCGCGGUUCUGCUCGGAACACUCCGAUGAUUCAGACCGUGUGCCCUGUCCACUGGACCCAUCCCAUACCGUCAGUGUUGACAAACUACGUGUACACAUGCGCAAGUGCAACAAGUUCAGACACGACGUCUCAUAUCAGGCGAAAAGUCGCGACAUUCCAUGGUUUCAAGAGGGACUCAAUUCGAUCGCGAAUGGUGCGAGUGCGGAUGCCAAGCCAAAAGACGAGACAGUUGUGGCUUCCAUAGCGAUUAUAGAGAGAAUAUUCGAACAAGAAUUCCAGGAUUUGCCAACGUUGCCGUUGAUCGAGAAGAAGAACGAGCUCUUGGAACAAACCGAACGGUACAAAACUUUGAUCAAUAAGAAACAUGCAAGACAACAAUCUUCAUUGAUCGAGCACUUGAAGGAGGCCUCGCUAUGGCCGUCAAAUGACAAACAUAUGCAGUUCAUUGAGCUCGGGUGCGGGAGAGCCGAAUUUUCGCGGUAUGUUAACAUUGCAGUACAUCUAGAUCAGACACAACAUGAGUCUGAGUCUGAGUCCGAGGAAGGUCCCAAAGAGGGUACCAAAAAUGUUCCGUCAUUUUGUUUGAUCGACAGAGCAUCUCAGAGACUCCGGUUCGACAACAAAUUCAGCGCCGAUGUGGACUCAGAAGUAACGCUGAGACGGGAGAAAAUAGACAUUAAAGACUUGAAAUUGGAUGCUGUGCUGAACCCUGACGCACACGAGUAUGCUGCCAUAUCCAAGCAUCUAUGUGGGGUAGCUACGGACUUAUCGUUACGCUGUCUUUUGAACAGCGAAAAAUGCAACAAAGGUCUCAAGGGCAUUCUUAUUGCCAUGUGUUGCAGACAUGUGUGUCAGUCGUCCGAAUACGUGAAUCGCGACUACAUCAGCGACCUCUUAGCAAAACACGGUCCUGAUAUGACGUACACAGACUUCUUCCAGUGCCUCAAGAAGUUCUGUUCAUACUACACCUGUGGCCUAAGGCCGGACAUGGACCCUAACGGUGGGGCAGAAGAGCACUUUACGAAACUAACGCACAACGAAAGAAAGCGUAUAGGCUACAUGGCGAGACGAAUCGUGGACGAGGGCCGCCAGCGGUUCCUGCAAUCACGGGGCUUUAAGACAGUGUUGUUCCGGUACGUGGACAACUCCGUUACUCUGGAAGACACUGCGUUGCUCGCGCUCAAGGAUGCUUAA